AUGGCGACUCUGAGCCUUAACCCCGCGAGACUCAGAAGCCCCAACAAGCCCUUCUUCCGGAAGCCCACCUCCAGCCUGCUCCCCCUCUGCAGACCCUCCUCUGUUCCCAGCCACAGAGCCCUCCGGAGGACCGGAAUCCUCCAUAGCUCAAUCUUCUGCCGUAGCUCACUCUCAGAGAGCUCAGCUUCCCCCCUGACUGAAGAUUCCCCAUUGGAAGACGACGCGGAGCAGCUGGAGGAGGAGGAGGAGGAGGAGGAGGAGGAGGAGGACGACGACGACGACGACGACGACGACCCGACGACGGAGGUCUGCUACCUGGACCCAGAUGCCGACGCCGAGGCCAUUACGGAGUGGGAGAUGGACUUCUGCUCCAGGCCGAUUCUGGAUGCGAGGGGGAAGAAGCUCUGGGAGCUCGUCGUCUGCGACGGCACCUUGUCCUUGCAGUACACCAGAUACUUCCCCAACAACGUCAUCAACAGCGUAACCCUAAAGGAGGCCAUCCUCACGAUUAGUGACACUUUGGGAGUCCCCCUGCCGGAGAAGAUCAGAUUCUUCAGGUGCCCACCACGUUAUUUUCUCUGGGUUUUUCUUUUUAGAAAAAAAAAGAAUUUUUGAGGCGAUUAUAAGAACUUUGAUUGGAUUUAGGUCUCAGAUGCAGACGAUAAUAACGAGGGCCUGCAAUGAGCUGUGUGUGAAGCCAAUUCCGAGCAAAAGGGUAGGUGAAAGACUUGAGCUUUUUCCGAUUUUUUUUAUGACCCAGUAACACUCCACUCUUGGCACAAGAGUUGCUCCUUUGAUUUCUUUCUUUCUUAUUUUAUUUUAAGGAAAUAAAUACAGGAAAAUUGUUCAAUCUGCACUCGGAAGAAGAGUUGUUCAUGUCAUGUUGUUUCCAAUUAUAGAUAAAUUAAGCUCGUGGAAAGCAGGAGAUUUUUUGCCACUUAUUCUUGCUACAUGAUUUGUGAUGCAGUGUGUAUCCCUGGUUCUAUGGCUGGAAGAGAGAUACGAGACUAUCUACACGCGGCACCCAGGCUUCCAAAAGGGGACCAAGCCGCUUCUAGCCCUAGAUAACCCAUUUCCAAUGCAGCUCCCCGAGAACCUUUUUGGGGAAAAAUGGGCCUUCGUUCAGUUACCUUUCUCUGGUAAAUUCAUGCUCUACUCUGUUGGCCGGAAUGCAUUUUCUUUCAGGGAGACCAAGAUUUCAGAAAUUGCAGAAAAAAACGAACAGCCAUAUGAAUUUCUCAUAAAAAAUGGAAUGAUCAAGCUCGUGUUACAAUGUCAUCAUAUAUACAUCGUCAUAAUCAUCAAUAUAGAUUUUAUUUUAUUUUUUGUGGUUUUUAUUGAGUAAUUUGUUUAAAGACACCAUAAUGAGAGGAACAGGCCCCCUGCUGGUGUUCAUGAGUUUUCAUGGCAUCUGAUAGCUUGUUCAAUGCCCAUGGAGUACAUAAAUAUCAUCCAUGCCCAUUCAAUGGUUUCGACAAGGUUUUAAAGGAGUUGUUGUUUGAGAAACAGUUUCUAAAAUCUUCCUACCCAUCAGAUGUGUUUCUUGGAAUUCGUUUCGAGAGAUUCCAGGGAGUUGUUAGAACUGGGCUAGAACAUCUUGACCCAGUUUCCAGAUCUCUGAAUCUCUCGGGGAAGUUCCUCUGCUGCUCCUGGUCCUAGAUUUCUACACAGAGGAACUUGCAGCUGAGAGCAGUACGUUCCACAGGCAUCAACCAAGAUGGUAGUUUUCCUUAAGUAGAAAGAAGCCUGAUUCCUUCUUCCAUAGGACAAGUAAUUUUCACAUACUAUGACCGGUCAUGGAUUGAGAAGAGUGAUUUUCAGCUGGGAAUAAUUCAGAUUUGUUUCCUUGCACAGAAUUAUUUCUUCUUCUAGAAUCAUGGAACUGAAACUGAGGAGAUGUUCUGCCCGUUUCCAGGAUGUUCUUGCUCGAUUCUGGUUUAAUAAUAGUAUGGGAUCUGUUUCUGCUCACUUCUGGCACUCAGCCACUAGAUUUCUUGAGAUCAGACAGGGUACUUGUGUGUCUCUUUUUCUUGUGAAUAAUAAUACAUCAAUAUGUGUCACUACCCACUCUGAUAAAUGCAUGAAUUCAACUUUAGGUUAUUUAUUAAAUUUUAUGUUCAGAAAAACACCGGUUCAGAUCUAAUUUAUUAAUUAUUUUUUAAAAAUAGCUAUAAUUCAUAGUUGACUCUUGUUAAUUAAAUGGUUCCAAUUUUCAGCUCUCCAGGAGGAGAUGUCCUCCCUAGAUAGGAAGUAUGCCUUUGGUUCAGAUCUGGACUUGGACCUUCUGGGUCUUGAGAUUGAUGACAAGACACUGGUUCCUGGACUAGCUGUGGCAUCUUCUCGUGCAAAACCCCUGGCAGGUACACUUCUUCCACCAUAUAUCAGACGUGUGGUACAGACUUGGGCAUAAGUAGACACAUUUUCUUGUUAUUUAUUGUUAGAAUAUUCUCACAAUACUCUGCUCCUUAGCCAUGGAUGUUGAGUAAGCUUUCUUUUUUUUUUUUCUUUUUUUUUUUUUCAAAGUAGUGUCUGAGUUGUGUUUGUUGCUGGGUUCAGUUGAAAUGUUUGAAAUAGGCUGAAAAGUCAACUUACAUGCAAAGGGUCAUAUUGAAAUAGUCCAGCGUUGAAGCGGGUGGCUAAAUAAUGGGAUUAAUCCUAUGUGAGCAUGCUCCAUUCAUUUCUGAUUAGCUUUGAGAUCAGAUAAAGCAUGCUUGCUCUUUAAUUAUUCCACAUAAAGCAAGAAAGAUUGUCACAAUGAGAUAUCCAUAUCAUGAGCUUGGGGUCUGCUUUCAAUUCGGGUAAAUCAUUCAUACAAAAAAGUCAGAUAGUUUAUGGGUAGCUUUAAUUUCCAAGGAGGUUUGAGUGUUUGAUUCUGAGACCAGCUUGGACAAACAGACUAGAGGUUUCUCUUCUCUCUAGUUAUCGCCCAUAAAAAAAGAAAGAUUGCCAUAAUUAGAAACCCAUGUCAUGAAUUUGGGAGAUAUCCAUGUAAAUUAGGCGUAUCAUUCAUACAACAAAUCAUAUUAAUUAUGGAUAGUGGUAAAUUCUAAGCAUUUCAAGGAUGUGAUAUGAGAUCAGCUUGGAUACACAGAGUAGGACUUAUGUUUGAUCUUUAAACAAUCCACCUAAAAAUAAAAAUGAAGAGCAAUCGCCACAGUUAGAAACCCAUGCAAUGAAAUUGGGAGAUUUCCAUGUAAAUUGGCUAUGGCUAUGGCAGAAUUAAGUUCUAAGGGUUUUCACUGUUUUAUGUGAGACUAGCCUGGACCAACGGCCUUGAAGUGUCCUCCGUCGAGGUAGACAUCGAUCGAGCUUCCUUGAUUCUCUCCACCGGAGUCGCCACGCGUUAUGUCUAUGCAACCUACAAGAAGACACCGGCAACAACAAAGGAGGCUGAGGCCUGGGAGGCAGCGAAGAAGGCAUGUCGGGGGCUCCACUUCCUUGCCAUUCAAGAGAAACUAGACUCAGACGACUGUGUUGGGUUUUGGCUUCUCCUAGACUUACCCCCUCCGCCAGUGUAA